UCGGGGACCUGCUGCCCCUUUUCCUGUGUGGACUCGACACCAGCCCCGCCCCCCAGCAGGGGAGCCUCUAGGGUUUGCAGAGGGGCUCACCUGUGGGCCGCCGGCCCCCUGCGGUGUGGGACAGGACCCCCCCCACCCCCUUUCUGUCCGCGGACUCGCCCAGCCAGCGAGCUGAAGGUCUCAGUCGGCGGCGAGAGGCCCCUGCUUCGCGCGUGACCGCCUCGUCCGUGUCCUGCCGCGGGCGCCACAGCCAUGGCCUCCGAGGAGAAGAAGCCCGAGACGGAGGCCGCCAGAGCCCAGCCCACCCCGUCGUCCUCGGCCACGCAGAGCAAGGACGGGAAGUUUGAGAAGACCAUAUCUGGCCACAAGCUGGGGAUCUCAGACGUGGCCUGGUCGUCAGACUCCAACCUCCUGGUCUCUGCCUCAGAUGACAAGACCCUGAAGAUCUGGGACGUGAGCUCGGGCAAGUGUCUGAAGACGCUGAAGGGGCACAGCAACUACGUCUUCUGCUGCAACUUCAACCCGCAGUCCAACCUCAUCGUGUCGGGCUCCGUUCACUUCAACCGCGACGGGUCCUUGAUCGUUUCGAGCAGCUACGACGGCCUCUGGCAGAGUCCCGUGUCCAGCGUCCACCGGGGUCCAUCCAGUGCCCUCAUCCCCAUCCUGGAGGGCACUUCCUCGCCUCCCCCUCCACCUGCUGUCCAACCCCGCUGCCCGCCCGGCCCCCAUUCCCACUGCCCACGUGGAGCCCAGUCCAGAGGGGGCAUCUCGGGGCAGCCCCUGAAGGUGGAGCCCGACUGCCCGCUCAGGACCGGGCACCGGCAGCACCUGCCGGCAGCUGCGUCUGGGCACCGGGCCCCUCCGGUGCACCUGCCCCAGGCCUCGGCCGGAGACCUCGGCACAGACAGCCGGCCAGACAGCUGGACAGACGGCCGGGUAGCCGACCGGCCUGCGCCGCUCCUGUCGGGCAGCGCCCGCCCCACCUGCACGGGGCCAGGCGUGACCGACGGGGGGACAGGCCUCCUCCUCCUCCGCUGGCCUCCGGCAGGGCGGCUGCUGGCGCCUGGCACCACGGCCAGCCUGGCCACGCGGCUCGGAGCCAUCAGUGAAGUGGCUCCGUGGCCGGGCCGAGCGGCCACAGAGGGGGGCUGCAGCUCAGACUCGCUGUCCAUUUGCCCCCGCCCGGCCAGCGGCUGCCCGGAGCCCGGGGGUUGGGUCGGGUCGCCCACGACGCCAAGCCCAGGCCCAGCCCCCCGGAUCUAG